AGAGACUAGAGGACUAAUCAUUUUUUUAAUACUUUUUCAGAAAAUAAUGAAUUUUCUUUUGUGCAUAUUUUUCUGUCAAAGUUUAGGCUGGGUCUCCAGUCAAGAGCUGAUGGCUCUAAACCCUAAGGACGCCCUGAACUCGGAGUCAGAGGAGAGUGUAUCCUCAUCCACUGAAGAAGUUUCCUCCCCUGAAAUAUUUGUUCCAACCUCUGAUUGGCAGGAGAUUAAACCAGGACAAUCUAUACCCAGGGGACUUCAUGUCAGAAUAAACAUGGAGACAGGAAAGAAGGAAGCAAAGUUCCUAGUCAAUAAAAAAGAAGAAGAAAAGGAGAAAGAAGAACCUAAUUAUAAUUAUCAAGAAUUAAAAGAAGCACUGAAGAAUAUUAAAAACGAUGCGGGUUCAGAUGAUAUUAUUAAAUCUAAGUUUAGAUCUCUGGACGAGCUCAAGAAAGAUUUCAAAGAAUUCGAGGUUAAGGUUGAAAGUGAUGUUAACGCCAUGAUUAAACUUAUUAAAAACUUUGUGGAAUCUAAAUCUGACGAAGAGAAGAUCAAUAUUGUUGAAAACCUUGAGUACUAUGUUCAUCAGGUUGAUAAUGCAGUUGAUUUCUUGACAGUUGGUGGAUUAGAACAGAUCCUGGUUCCUAGUCUUAACUCUAGCUCUACCCUCCUCCAGGAGAUGGCAGGCUUCCUCAUUGGGAGCUCAGCUCAGAGUAAUCCUAGAGUACAGAUAGCAUACCUAGAGGCAGGGUUCAUCAAUACUCUUCUCAGGAUGGUUUCUUCACACUCCAGUCCUGAAGUAUCCGGCAAGGCUCUUUACGGACUCUCCGCCAUAUUGCGUAAUUUCCCUGAGGCGCAGAACACAUUUCUCCGCCACGGUGGAUUAGACGUGUUGCGGCAGGUUUUCAACUACCAAGGAAAUGUAUUCGACAAAAUCAAGAUAAAGAUCUUAACUCUUAUCCAGGAUAUGCAAGAGGAGAGGCGUGAUAUUGAUAUUAGUACUCAGGAUGGGUAUCUCAGGAGUGAGCAGUAUAGACUAGUUAAUCUAGAGAGUAUGUUAUCUACUUCAGGUUGGUGUCAAGUUUUUCAAACUGUUCUAGUACUUCCAAGAGAGGAUAGGAGAACCAUUAGGGAGGAUAUCUUGUCCACGGUUUCAGAUGAGUUUCCCUUGAGAGUAGAGCAUGAUUAUAUUGAGAAGAUUGUUACUGCUAUGCUUAAGAUGAAGGAUCAGUGUCAGACUGAGUUCAAACAGAAGGAUGUUCUGGAUAAACUGAACCAACUGGCGGGCAAAUAUAAAGAACUAAGUAACCGUGAACUGAUACAGGAUGAUACAGAUAUAUACUUCAGUUCUCUUCUUCAGAUCAUAAAUUCAAUUCUUGCCACAGGAGUUGGCAAAACAGAACUAUGAACACUAAACACUUUGCUAAACACUUUGUAAACACGUGAAUAAAUGUUUUUAGCUUUA